CAUACCGGUGAUCAUCAUUCGUUCAACCGAUCUCAAUCAUGCAGGUGCUAGCUAUUCUGGCCAUCGUAGUGGUGUCUGCCGCUGGUAAGGGCUCCGGGCCCUACCUGCCCAGUGGGUGGAGACCAAGUGGACCAGCAUUCUACCUGCCUAAUGAAGUUCAGAAACCAGCUGAAAACCUCCAAGACGUGAUCCUAGGCUCAGAAGCGUCAGGAUCUGAUGCUCUAAGAGAGUAUGGACCGCCCAAACUGGAGAUCUCAGUGAACCAGGCGUUACCUGAUGUGGCAAUUGAGCAGAACUUCGUUGAUGCUGCAGUGUCUUCGGGAGAGGAGGUCUCGAGUAUUGUACUGGGAAGAGUGGUUGAAGAGUCUACAGGAGUAGCGGUUGAAGAAUCUUCAGAAAACGCUGAACAACCAACAACAGAAGGGCAAAUCAACGUGGAAGUUGUAUAUGAAACUACCCCCGAAAUAAUAGUUGAGAAGAGCAACGGAGAAAUUCUAGCUGAAAUCGAAGAGACGGUCAUACCUGCCACAGAAUCUGUUGCUAUCGUACCUGUGACGGAAUCUGUUGAUGCACCUCAAGAAACUACCACGGAAGAUGCUGUUGAUGUGAGGAAUAUACAGCUGGGAGAAUUGAGUCACUUGGAAGUUAUUGUACCUGAAGUUUUGGCGAGCUUGGAGGAAGCUAUCAAGACCGAGAUCGAAAUCAACCAGCAAGUAGCUGAUUCAUCAUCACAAGAAACUUCUGGGUCAUCCGAGCAGGUGCCCGAGGGUUUCCUAGAGUACGGUCCUCCUGGGUUCAAGGAGUACGGUCCUCCUAAAGAAGAUCUGAAUACUGUUGCCAUACAAGGUCUGUUGAGCCAAGCCUCGGUGGAGACCAACGAGGCUAGACGGAGACGUUUUUCACCGAAAUUUAAACCAGUAAAGAAGUUACAUUAAGAUGAAAAAUCGAAUAGGUACCUAAUAAAAAAACAAAGGGAACAGUGCUCAA